AUGGUGCUACCCGGAGCCUAUGAUAAUUUACCGGCAGCUACUGCAACCGAAUACAGCUUUGAGGCUCAUCUUACCACACUGGAGGUUGCAGCGAUGAAUGAAACACUUUUCAACCAUGUUUGGAGAAGGAUAGAGAGCAAGGGCAUUGUUAACGCCUUGAAGCUUCUCAUUCAUGAAGCCUUCAACGAUUCAACCUGCAUUUAUAUAUGUCGAUUUGCCACAGGCGACCUGGCUUCACGUAUGCUCUUGUAUGGGAUCGACCUUUCAGACGCAGUGUCUAGAUCACCAGAUGCUUUGAGUGAGAUUUUCAUUUACAAUGAGGAUCCAUCGUCACUCCUUAAUUGGCUUCGGACUCACGGCUGUAGAGCAGAUGAUAUAAACUGGCUCUUACUCGACGGAGAAGACGAAGAAGUCUUGGAUCUUGUCAAGAAUGAAUAG